AUGUACGCGACAAUGGGUGGGCUACCGCAACAGCAGCACUCGUUCGACGAUCGAUCGAGGCUAACCGAGCGAGACCGCGAGGAUAGCGCGGGAUAUGCUAAAAGAGUUAAACAGGACAAUGGACGAGAUCGCGACCGAACGCCUAGACGCGACGCGGAUGUUUCGAUAUUGCGGCCGCUCAGAAUCUUAGGAAGACGCUACCCAUUGACCAAAACUGCGUACAAACAUCUCGAAGUCAGCGUUAACGUUAGUCGACCCUCUUUUAUGGAGAUCGUCCUUGGAGAUUAUUGUCAUGGCAAGGAGAUUUCGCUAACGCUGGAUAUGUGGAAAAAACUGCUCGAUCUACGAUCUACGCUUCUAUCAUAUUUUCGCUCCGACGAGCGCGAUGAGGCGCGUCCACCAGCGCCGAUAUAUAUCGAACAGUUAACGUUGCGAUUCGGUAAACUCAACAAUCUCCGAAUACUCCGUCUCGAAACACCCAAGGUUCGUCUGGCCGUAUCGAAGAGCACCGUUCUAACUAUAUUAAAUCUAGAACUUUGCGUUAACCGCAUCGUUACAUCUUUAAGCGGUUUAACCGCGCAUGUGGAUAACAAGCUGACUCGUUUUCUCGAUAUCGCGGCAGGCGCUCACGAUUCGGCGCUUAUUCCCGCGAUGAUACGCGAUAACGAGAACUUCGACCGCAACGAUAUCGUCGAUUGCGAGCUGCAGGCUCUGCUCUUCGGAGAAUUGUGAUA